CUUUGCCCUCUUUUUCAACCCUUUGACUCGCAUAACCUAUCUUUACCUUUCAGUAGGUCUUCUCAUGCUUUCGGAGUGCUUUAUCGCGUCUACCUUGACGUCAGGCAAAGCCCCGGCGUCAGCGAGUCUCCGAGAUGUAGGGAUCUGCGUGCACGAGUUCCAACCGUCACCCAACCUACACUCCACCUUCAAGAAAAGCUCGACUCCUGCCAAUUGUUUGGCUGUGAGCCCAUCACAUGUAUACGCAGCCCAGGCAGAGAAAGCCAUUGUACAUGUGUAUAGCAGAGAGAAAGGAAACCAGGAGGCAGUGAUUCCCUUCCCGGAGCGCAUUCGCAGCAUUGCGAUCGCGGGGGGCAAGAAUGGUGAUGUCCUGGUAUUGGGUACUGAAGGAGGCCGUUUAAUAUUGUGGGAGACCUGCACCGGACGACAAGUCGCGACAACGGCAUCCCAUUUGAGUCCAGUGACCUCCCUGAUCGUUGAUCCCAGCGACAACUUCAUUCUAUCCGGCUCGGCCGAUGCCAGUAUCCAUGUUUGGUCCUUAGUCGAAAUCCUCUCCUUCACAAAGCUCCCGUCCGGCCGCGAUCGGCAACCGCCGAACUCACCCAUCCGUACAUUCUCAAACCACCGCGCUGCCAUCACUUCACUUGCAGUGGGACAUAGCUCCGGCCGCUACAAUAUCGCCGUUUCAACCGCACAAGAUAAUACAGCCAUCGCUUGGGAUUACCACACUGGACGUGUUCUGAGAACAUUCCUCCUGCCUGCCAGCGCAGUCUCCUCAGCUCUUGACCCAGUUGACCGCGCAUUCUAUGUGGGCUAUGACGAUGGCAGCAUCCAAUCAGUCGAUUUAUACAAAGCUCAGUCUAUCCAGCAUCCUCUGCAUGACCCAUCAUUACAGUCUACCCCCGCCCAGCCGUCAGCGGACGAUAAAUGGACACCGCCGUCCGCCGACUGCGGCAUGGCGCAUUCUCUUUCACUCUCACACGACGGAAUGACCUUACUCUCCGGCCAUCAGAACGGAAAGGUCCUUUCAUGGAACGUCGGUAGAAAGAAAUACGCCUCGACUAUAGCAGACUAUACUCAUCCCGUAACGAACCUGCUUAUGAUCCCGUUGAGUGGCCUUGCCCAGCCCGGCCAGGAGCUGAAGAGGAUAGCACACACAAUUGUCAAACCCCGGUACGAUAGUACACUAUCGGAAUCAUCGCAGACUGUAGGCACCGUACCCGCCGAUUACACAUUCAGCACCCAUCUCCUCACGUCGACAUCCUCCAAGCCCGCCACAACAAGGAGUCUCGGUGGUUCUGAGGGAACCAACCAGUUCACAGAAGCUUUCACCCAUGCAUUCUUCCCUGACUCGAUGAUCGAAGAAGGACUCGCCGAGCUAGCUGUCUUUAGCCAACCAGGAGGCAGCACAGUCCAAGUCUCCACCUUGAUGGCACAGGCCACAAACGACGAAGACCUAGCAGCGAAGGACUCCCACAUCGCAUGCCUCGAAAACGAGAUCGCAGCCCUCAAAAAGAAAGCAGCAGCCAAUGAGGCCGCCCGUCAGCUCACCACAGACGAGGCCACAAAGCUCCGCUCCGACCUCGUCAAUCUCCACGACUAUAUCAACGAACUUCACCAGAAGCAAGACCAAUCACAAAAGGAAAAGGUCCUCCGGCAAGCGCGGAAAGAAGAGCGCGAGACCCACAAACGGGAAGCCUGGUUUGCCGCAGAGAAGAAGGGAAAGAAAGGCGAUGCCGUUCUGCGAAGAAUGGAAGCCGAAGAUCCUGCGCAAACCAGUGACUCGGACGACCGGAGCAGUGACGAGUGAUUUCUUCCUACCUUGUUUAGUUAUAUUCUUUUCUUUCUGUUAUGAUUUUCCAAUAAACUGUGUACGGCCCUGUCGUGUCUAAUUUACCUGGGUUUACGAAGGCGCUCUGGUUUAAAAGUUUCAGGUUCAUCUUGAUAGACGAUGGAGAGCUAGUUAGCCUAUACUCUGUAUGUUUGCAUUGUAUAUAGAAAUGAUUGGCCUUGGGUCGUUUUACCAUGUCUCUUGUUUUGCCUUCUACAAUCUCUCGAAACGAG